AUGUAUUCGGCAAGGACCAAUUCUUGGAGUGAAUUGGAUAUUGAUCAAGAUUUGUUCAUCGUCAAACCCAUAAAAUCAUUGUCCAAGAAUGGGUCAUUUGCGCAUUGGAAAGGUUUCACAAGGAGACGCGAUAAGGAGAUUAUACUGAGCUUUGACAUGAAGAAUGAAGUGUUUCGAACAAUGACAAUAUCACUAACCGGUGAUGAAGUAGUUGAUAACUCGCUUAAGAUUUUUGCGAUUCUUGGAAAGGAUGAGUACUCUUUUGUUAUCCUUGUUUUAAAGGGUUGGAUGUUGAAGGUCUAUGAGUCGAGCGGUGAAGGAAGUGAGCUUGUUUGGAAUAAUGUCAAUAAUGUGAAACUAUAUUCUUUUUGGAGGCUCAAUAUUGAGAGGAGUGAUGAUAUUCCAAUUUGGGGGAAUGAUGAUUGUGUGGUUCUAAGAGGUCGUAAAGCGGGUGAAGUGAUUUUGUAUGAUUACCGUGCUCGGAAGUUCAUCAGACGUUUCAAGAUAGGUUGUAUCUCGGUCUCUGACGAAGAUAUCAUUGAGUAUGUAGAAAGUUUAGUUUCACCUUUGAAGUAG